GUUAUUCACCCAUGUCUCUCACACCAUCUGGAUGUUCUGCACCGUUAUUUGAGUCGCGUCGCGUUGAUACUGUAGUAGUGUUGCGACAAGAACAAUGGAUAGAAGUCUGAAGUACGAUAAUCCGAGUCCACGGACAACAGCUAAUGUAUUUGCAAAGCUAGGGUUCUGGUGGCUGAAGCCAUUGUUUACUUACGGAAAGAACAAUGACUUGGAGGGCAAGGAUUUAUACAAUACUCUGGCUGCUGAUCUCAGUGAACCACUUGGAAACACUCUCGAGGACAAUUGGAACAGAGAGUUGGCUAAAGCACGACAGACCGAGAGAAAACCGAAAUUCUUAAAUGCCAUUAUAAGAACAUUCAUGUCCUCGCACAUAUAUUACGGGAGCCUGUUACUUUCACACUCAACAUUGUGUGUUUUGCAGCCUUACGUCCUUGGCUAUCUUAUCAGUUACUUUGCUCCUACCUCGACCAUUACAACACGAGAAGCAUACGUGUAUGCAUCACUUGUCAUAAUAAUGUCAGCUGUUAUGGUUGUGACUGAUCACCACUCACGAAUGGGACUGUUGGAGAUGGGCAUGAGGCUGCGCAUAGCGAGUUCUUCUUUAAUCUAUCGAAAGAUUUUAAAACUAUCCAGGAGCUCGGCAAACAAAACCGCUGGUGGGCAGAUAAUGAAUUUGUUAUCUAACGACGUUGCCAGGUUUGAUCAGGUGUUUACAUUGAUUCACUAUUUGUGGAUAACUCCAAUCCAAUCAAUAGCGCUGGCUUAUUUAAUCUGGCAAAAUGUGGAGAUAGCCACUCUAGCAGGAAUUUUUCUCCUUGUGAUGCAAACGGUGCCUGUUCAAGGAUAUUUAAGCAAAUUGACAGCUCGACUGCGGGCAAAAGUGGCAGUGCGAACUGAUGAGCGUGUACGACUCAUGAGCGAAAUAAUAACUGGAGUUCAAGUAAUUAAAAUGUACACGUGGGAGAAGCCCUUUCUGCGGUUAGUUUCCUUUGCAAGGAAACAUGAGAUUGAUGUUAUCAGUGUUAUGUCAUACUGGCGAGGAAUAAUACGAGCAUCGAUGGUAUUCACCGAACGAACAACAUUAUUUUUUACAGUUAUGACAUACGUGCUUUUAGGAAAUACUCUUUCAGCCGCCAAAGUUUUCUCUAUGGCACAAUAUUUCAAUCGUCUCCAAGCCGGAGCAGCUUGGUACAUUCCCACGGCUUUAACACAUGUAUCAGAAGCAACAGUUACGAUUAAACGGCUCCAGAAUUUUCUGUUACUGGAGGACAAUCAUCCGCUCGGUACUGAGCAAGCUUCGGAUGAUGUCGGUUCACUGACAAUUGAAAAAGUCACAGCAUCGUGGGAUCAAGAUUCGAUAACAAAUACAUUGGCUGAUAUCAAUAUAACAAUAAAGCCCUGCACGCUGACUGCUGUAGCAGGUCCAGUCGGUGCUGGAAAGAGUUCUUUAUUACAAUUGAUUCUUGGAGAAUUGCGUUCAACUAAUGGUCACUUGACAAUUGGAGGAACAGUGUCAUAUGCUAGUCAGGAGCCCUGGUUAUUUGGAGGAAGUGUGAGAAGUAAUAUACUCUUUGGACAGCCUUACGAGGAGUUGAGAUAUCGUCAAGUGGUGCGGGCCUGCGCAUUGACCAAGGACUUCAUACAACUUCCUCAAGGUGAUAGAACACUGGUGGGUGAGCGUGGCACAUCACUGAGCGGUGGACAACGUGCUAGAAUUAAUCUCGCAAGAGCUGUUUAUCGAAAAGCUGAUAUCUAUCUCUUCGAUGAUCCUCUGUCAGCCGUUGAUGCCCACGUUGGUAGAAGUUUAUUUGAAGGAUGUUUCAUGGAAUAUUUGGCGGAUAAAACGAGGAUUCUAGCUACUCAUCAGGUGCAGUAUCUCAAAGACGCUGAUUUGAUCAUCAUACUGAAUAAUGGGGUUAUUGAAAAACAAGGGAGUUUUCAUGACUUCGGACAGGAUGAUUUUAAACUACUACAUGUUGAUGAUGAAAAAGAGAAAGAAGAAGAAACGACCGAAGAGAAUCGAAUGAGUAAUGGCCACAUACCUUUAAUUCCUCAAGUCUCUUAUAUCUCAGGAACUGAUAAAGAUGAGGAAGUCGACGACGAUGAGCCGAGAGAAACGGAAGAGCUCAUGGCCAAAGGGAAAUUAUCAAGAUCUCUGUUUGGCAAGUACUUCAGGGCCUCUGCUAGUUAUUCACUGCUUUUCCUGUUUAUUGUAUUCUUGAUAUCCGGACAGUUAGGAAGUAGUGGCUCUGACUAUUGGGUGGCCCAUUGGACAAAUCAGGUGGAGAUGCGACGGUUCAAUCACAUCAUUCAUAGGAAUUUAUCCAGGAAUAUGAGUCUCGAUAUUAAUGAAAAUGGCACUUCUAUUCAGAAUUAUAUGUCUCUGUCAAUAAAUUUGACAGAUAGAUCUCACAAUCGUGAUGAUCAUGCUGAUGAAGGAGCUCUUUGGAUUUAUGGAACGUUGAUCGCGGCAUGUACUAUUUUUACCAUUGCUAGGAAUGUAAUAUUUUUUAAAAUAUGCAUGAACGCGGGGAAAAAUAUCCACAAUCUCAUGCUUGAAUGUUUGCUCCAAGCACCCAUGAAAUUUUUUGAUAAUAAUCCUUCGGGGCGUAUCGUCAAUCGAUUUUCCAAGGACACUGGAUGUGUCGAUGAGCUCCUUCCGAACGCCCUGAUAGAUUCAAUUCAAGUAUUUGCAGUGAUGAUAGGAAUACUCUCCCAAGUAAUCAUCAUUAAUUGGUGGACCAUAUUUUCAAUGGCAGUGAUGGGCUACUUCUACUGGCACAUAAGGACUUUGUUCUUGGCAACAGCUCAAGAUCUGAAACGACUGGAAGGAAUAACAAAGAGUCCAGUAUUUUCUCAUGUCAAUGCAUCUCUGGCUGGAUUGGCGACCAUUCGGUCAGCUGGAGGACAAGAGAUGUUGCGAAAAGAAUUUGAUAACCACCAGGAUGUUCACACCAGUGCUAACUCAUUGUUGAUUUCCACUAGUGCUGCGUUUGGUCUUUGGCUGGACGCAGUGACUAUUGUCUUCGUUGCUUUCAUCACUUACAGUUUCAUCAUUCUCAAGAACGAUUCAACAUUCGCUGGAGAUGUUGGUCUGGCAAUAUCGCAAAUUUUGAUACUCUGUGGUAUGCUUCAAUAUGGAAUGAGUCAAACUGCAGAAAUGGUGGCACAAAUGACAUCAGUAGAACGUGUCUUGCAGUACACAAAGUUGGAGAACGAAGGACCAUUUGACAGUGCAGUAAAUUCAAAACCACCAGCAUAUUGGCCUCCCGCAGGACGAAUUGAAUUUGAUCACGUUUACUUGAGAUAUACACAGGAAAACGCACCUGUCUUAAAGGACUUGAAUUUUAUCAUUGAAUCCGGCAUGAAGGUGGGAGUUGUGGGCCGCACUGGAGCUGGUAAAUCAUCACUCAUAGCUGCACUUUUCAAUUUGGCAAAAUUUGAAGGAACUAUUCGCAUCGAUGGAGUUGAUACAAAGAAGAUCGGACUCCAUGACCUGAGAAAAAAAAUAUCUAUAAUACCGCAGGAACCAAUGUUAUUUUCAGCUUCAUUGCGCGAUAAUUUGGAUCCCUUCCACCAGUUCAAGGACGAGCAGCUCUGGUCUGCUCUGGAGGAAGUGGAACUGAAAGCUCACAGUCAAUCUCUGGAUUAUGUGGUCACCCAAGGUGGCACCAAUUUCAGCGCUGGUCAACGACAAUUGCUCUGUCUAGCUCGAGCAAUAGUCAGAAAUAAUAAAAUAAUCGUAUUGGAUGAGGCGACUGCUAAUGUUGAUCCAGCUACUGACGCUCUGAUACAGCGAACAAUUCGCGAGAAAUUCAAAGACUGCACAGUUUUAACGAUAGCUCACAGACUCAAUACUGUUAUGGAUAGUGAUCGCAUACUCGUGAUGGAUCACGGUCAAGUGGUAGAAUAUGAUUAUCCUCAUAAACUCUUACGAAAAGCGAAUGGGUAUUUAGCAAGCAUGGCUAACGAAACUGGUGCUACUACGGUCUCUACGUUAAAAACGAUCGCCGAAGAGUCGUACAAGAAAAUAAAGCUCAACGAUAGCAACGAAGAAUCCUAAAUGUAAAAAAACACUUUUCAGGAAGCAAAUUCGAGUAAAUAUAAUCAAUGUGAAUUUUCCAUGCAAUAAACUUAAUUGCUUAAAUUCUGAUAAGAAUAUGUUAGCAUCAGUAUUAAUAUUUAUAGAGAGUACAACUAUCGCAAUACAUUGUAAGCUCGCUGUACAUGUCAUAGAUAAAAUGACACGUACGUGAAAAUAAAACAAGAAAUAAAGAU